AUGUUCAGCAAGUUUAUUGUUCUGAAAUUUUUAGUUUUGUUUCUCUGCAUAAGCCAUAGUUUUUCUAUUCCUGCAAGAAAAAAUAAAUAUCGAAAUCACACUAAAGAAGCUUUCGACACAGAAGAUGAAAUAACAGAUGAUUGGAGAAAUGAUCCAGAAGUAACGCCGGGUUUAUAUCAAGGGGAUAUCGCCAUUGAUAACACAAUGCAUCAGUAUUUGCGCGUUGGAUUAAGAUGGGAUACUUUUCAGAAUCGUAUGUGGCCCAAUAGGAAAAUUCCUUUCGCAAUAUCUCCUCUUUAUAAUGCAGAGGAUCAGGUAGUUAUAAUGAUGGCAAUCAGAACCGUUAACUUUAUGACUUGUGUGAAAUUCGUCGAUUGGAAUAAAAAUGACACAGACUUUUUGCUAAUUUGGCCAAUUCAACAUCCAAAAGGUUGUUGGAGCUACAUUGGAAAAACAGGAGGUCCGCAAAUUGUUUCUCUUCAACCGCCAGACAGCAAAAGUCAAAACUGCCUUGGAAGUGAAGGAAGAGCUUUGCAUGAACUGAUGCACGCUAUCGGAAUCUUUCAUGAACAAAGUCGUCACGAUCGCGACAGAUUCGUAAAAGUUCAUUGGGAUAAUAUUUUGGAGGGCUACAAAUCAAACUUCGAAAAGCAAAGUCUCAAAAACACAAGUUACGCAUUCGAGUACGACUUCAACUCGAUCAUGCAUUAUGGAAAGUAUUAUUUUAGCAAAGAGAAAGGCAAGCCAACGUUGACACCCAAAGUUCCAAAUUACCAUAUCGGUCAACGAAAACAAAUGAGUGUAAUGGAUUGUCUCAAAAUUAACGAUCUCUAUGGAUGCCUUGAGGAAAAAAGUUCACGAAACAAAUAUUACAACAGAUGUAAAACAUUUGGAUUGCAAUAA